CCAGUUAGGACAAAUAUGACUCCUACCUCAACUUGGGGGGCUUUGGUUUGUAUCUUUUGUCAAGCUGACUUGGCUGACAUGCACGUUGGUCUGUUUUACAGAUAUCCUGACAAAGGCUUUGAUGAUAAUUAUUGCCGCAAUCCGGAUGGUAAGCCAAGGCCGUGGUGUUAUACUCUUGACCCCAAUACCCCAUGGGAGUAUUGCAACAUUAAACCAUGUGAUCAGCGCAUAGAAAACAACUCUGUAUCACUGACUGAAACAACUGACUGCAUCAGAGGACAAGGGGAGGGAUACCGUGGUACUGUGAGCACCAUAUGGAGUGGUAUUGAAUGCCAACGAUGGGACUCACAGAUGCCUCAUCAACACAACUUCACAGAAGAGAACUUUAAAUGCAAGAUUCCUGCUGCUAUAGAAGCUCGGGUUAUCUGGAAACAUGGUCCUCUGCAGUGCUCAUUCUCCAUAUCUUGAAUUGAUCAUCUGUGUCCUACAAAAAGGCUUCAUUCUAAGCAUUCAUAACAACGAUGAAUUGAUACCAAGAAUCCUGUUACAGGGUAAGUGAACUGGAUUUCACCAUUUAUUUGUUUGGCAAGGUAGAAC